CCUGGCGCGGCCUGUGUGGAGCACCGGGAGGCCAUUGUGGCUGGGGCAGCUCUGCGCGCCGGAGGGAGGAGGCGGCGGCGGCCGUGGCCCGCGAGCGCCGCGCCCCGUCCCGUCCCGUCCCGCCGAAGCCCGACCGAGGGAGGAGACGAUUUCUUGGAGUUCAUCUGCUGGCUUAAUCCAUGGAAAAGAUGCUGCUCCCUUGUAUGUGCACCUAGGAGGAGAGAGAUCUUGAAAACUUUACCGGGUCCUUGAGAGAGAAAACUACAUGACACUACACCAUGAGUGACAGUAAAUGUGAUAGUCAGUUUUACAGUGUUCAAGUUGCAGAUUCAACGUUCACUGUACUAAAACGUUACCAGCAAUUGAAGCCCAUAGGAUCAGGGGCACAGGGCAUUGUUUGUGCUGCGUUUGAUACAGUCCUUGGAAUAAAUGUUGCUGUAAAGAAGCUGAGUCGUCCUUUUCAGAAUCAAACCCACGCAAAAAGGGCUUACAGAGAGCUUGUUCUUUUAAAAUGCGUCAAUCACAAAAAUAUAAUUAGUUUAUUAAAUGUAUUUACACCACAGAAGUCACUAGAAGAAUUUCAGGAUGUAUAUUUGGUUAUGGAGCUGAUGGAUGCAAAUUUGUGCCAGGUUAUUCAUAUGGAAUUGGAUCAUGAAAGAAUGUCUUAUCUUCUUUACCAAAUGCUAUGUGGUAUCAAACAUCUCCACUCAGCUGGUAUCAUCCACAGAGAUUUGAAACCCAGCAACAUAGUAGUAAAAUCAGAUUGUACGCUCAAAAUCCUUGAUUUUGGACUGGCAAGAACAGCAUGUACUAACUUUAUGAUGACUCCAUAUGUAGUAACACGGUAUUACAGAGCACCAGAGGUUAUCCUUGGAAUGGGAUAUAAAGAGAAUGUUGAUAUCUGGUCAGUUGGGUGCAUCAUGGGAGAAUUGGUGAAAGGUUGUGUGAUAUUCCAAGGCACUGAUCAUAUUGAUCAAUGGAAUAAAGUUAUUGAACAGUUAGGAACACCAUCAGCAGACUUCAUGAAGAAACUACAGCCUACAGUGAGGAAUUAUGUAGAAAACAGGCCAAAAUAUCCUGGUAUUAAAUUUGAGGAGCUCUUCCCAGACUGGAUAUUUCCAUCAGAAUCUGAUCGUGACAAGUUAAAAACCAGUCAAGCUAGAGAUUUAUUAUCAAAAAUGCUUGUAGUAGAUCCAGACAAGAGAAUUUCUGUAGAUGAAGCCUUACGUCAUCCUUAUAUUACUGUCUGGUAUGAUCCAGCUGAAGCAGAAGCUCCUCCACCUCAAAUCUAUGAUGCACAACUGGAAGAAAGAGAACAUGCAAUUGAAGAAUGGAAAGAAUUAAUAUACAAAGAAGUAAUGGAUUGGGAAGAAAGGAGCAAGAAUGGUGUGGUAAAAGAUCAGCCCUCAGAUGCAGCAGUGAAUAGCAACACGAGUCCUUCCCAGUCAUCAUCUAUCAAUGACAUUUCAUCCAUGUCAACAGAGCAAACAUUGGCCUCAGAUACAGACAGCAGCCUCGAUGCCUUGACAGGACCCCUUGAAGGAUGUCGAUGAUCAGCCAGGAUUGCAGACUUGACUUUAGAAAAGAGCUCUUGCUUCCAUUGGGCCUGAAUUGCUUGUAAGUUAAUGGAACCAAGUAGAAAAACUCCAUGUUCUGCAUGUUGUGCUAAAGUAAUGCCUGUUUUUUUACUCAGUUGUUAUGAAAUUGCCUGCUUAAUGUUGUAGAAUGAAAGCAAAUCAAUGUCUAAAGAAAAAAAACCUUAAAUUUAGACACUAUUAUAGGCUUUUGUUUGUUUCAGCCUAUUUCAGGUGAGCAGUUAUAAUAGACUUCUAGCCAAUAACUCCUCUUAAGUGGGUUCAUGAAUCUUCAGUCCCAACUGGCAGGCUUCUGUGACACAAUGGUGGUUUACAUUUUAGUACAGUAUUGCUCGUUAGUAGGUUUUUUGAAUGUAUAGUCUCUAUGAAGUUUGUUUUAAUGUGUAACUGUGGCAGUUUGCUUUAUUUAAUGACUGGAGUGUUGUAUGUAAGUGUGAACUCACACAUUGAACGCUCUCAGUACGAUGUUUAAAGGGCAGUUAUUCUUCCACAUAGCACUUUUUUUUUUUUUAUUGAGCCCUUUCUGUCUUCACUUUCCAACAAUUCUGUAUCUUCUUGUAGAAGAGAUAAACGUGAAGUUUAAAGAAUACAGCCAUUACUUUGUAUUUCACCUAUGAGUAUGUGUCUCUAACUUUUUCAGUUUUUUAAAUGUUGAUGGAAGAUACAGUGGCUUAAUUAAAUCUUCAGGAAGGAUGAGUGACUUAUCCGUGAAACAAUGCCUGUUUAGAAGGGGAGAGAGUGCUAAAAUGUUCUGUAUUUUCUAGCUUGUGUUACUGGUCCUUUAACAAAAACAAACAGAAAAGGAAAUUAUAUCUGUGAUGCUCUUCAUUCACUGCAAACUCUGAUAAAAGGACAGAUGAAUUGGAGAGACUUGCAGCCUCAAAAAGAGCUGCAUAAAGGUUUUCCUUUUUUUUUUAUGGGUCCAUUUUUUCUAGCAAGUAAUUAAAGAAAUAAAAAUACAGUAGUUUUGAGUCACUUGUAAAUUAAGUAUUUAGUUAACAGAGCUUAGCUCUAUUCUCGCCUUAGGAAAACCUAUCCAUUUGUAUUGGGGGAGGAAAACAUAUUUAAUACAUAUUUUCUAAAUACGGUGUCAGAGAAGAGGAGGAGAUUAUUUGCUGUUUCAAUAUAGGCUUAUCAAUACAGUUUUCAGAAUCAGGUAAUACAAACAUUGCCUGUUACAUUGCGCAAUAUGUUGAAUGGAAAAUGCGUUUGCAGUAGAGUAGGGCUUAAAUUGCUUUAUACUACAUGCUUGUGAAUUUGUGCACAUUCACUUUGGAGUGCACAGGUGUGAAGUUUUGCUAAAGGAUCUUGUGUGUGCAUGCGUGUGAGAUUAAACUAUAUAAGAGUAAUAGAGAUGUACAAGAUGAGGUAAAACACCACUUUCUUAAAGGCACUAUAUUUAGCUGUUGAUCCAGAUACUCUUGACUUGAAUAUAUAAAUAGAACUUAUAAAAUAUACUGGCCCAGCCAGCCACUGCAUUACUGACAUAUUUGUCUUGUAAAAGAAAAUUGUCUGUUGUUUCUGACCUUACGAUUUGAAAAGCACCAAUUUCUCUUUGUGCAAACAUUGUUUUUAUAUGAAAAUUAUACCCCUUCUUAAUAGUUUAAUUUGCUGUAGCAAAAAAUAUUAAGGUUUUACUGUCCCAGAAGGUUAAAAAAAAUUAAAAAUUAACAAAAUAGUUAAUAUGAUUUUAACUUCAGAAUUGUCAUCUGGAAUCUUGGAUUUUUAAAAUUCUGUUAAAUUGAAUUGCAGGAUAUUGGGGCUUGGGUUAUUUCUUGUUGUUUGGUUUUAAACCUACAGAUACCUUAGUUUAUCUUUGGAUACUGAUGUUAUAUGUGAAAUACUUUUAGUGCAUUUUUGUCACUGGAAAAAACAUUUUAAAAUACCUGUUAACCAUAUAGCAGAACAGUACAGGUUGCUGUUCUUUUGCGUUUUUUUAAUCCUCAUUAUUUGUGUAAGUUAAAAUUACUGAAGACGCCUAUUCAAAAUGAACAUUAGUGAUUCACUAUGGAAGUAAUAUACUGGAAUUAAUUUUUCAAUAUUUUUAUCUUUUUCAAUGGAAGUUGCACUGCUAUGUUCAUUUUAACAGUUACUGCUUUAGAAGACAACGCAACAAAGAUGGGUUUUUUUUCCAUGUGUUUUGGGUAUUUGUAGAGUUGAAUUUUUCCUAUUGGUCUUGGGCUGCUCAGAGCAACAUGGAGUUGGACCAGAUGACCUCCAGGUCUCUUCCAACCUAAAUUAUUCUGUGAUUCAAAUUGUCUUUAAUGUUUUUUAGCACAACUGCUCUAUCUCCAUGAUUUGAACUAGUAUCUGACCUUUUCCUAGUACAUACUGUUAGCUUGAAUAUGUACUCUUGGAACAAAAAAAACCCCUGAAAUUAACUGUGUUUAUUUGUAAAUCUUGUAGGAAAAGCUGUCUCAUACCUUAUUUUUUUUAAUCUUGUCUUGCUACGGCAUACAUUGAAGCUUCAAAAUUUUACAGAAAUAUUACUGCCUUCGGAGCAUGCGUGAAAUGCCUGUGAAUAUUGUGGAUUUUGAUUCCAGUAUAAUUCAAAACCAAAUUGCUAAUAACCUGAAUGAACAUCGAUCUCAAGAAGGCACAUAGGCAGAUUAUAUUCAGAAAAACACGUGCAGAAUAGAUGCAUGCUAAAGUUCCCAUGCUAUUUCAGUGUGCACAUACAGACUAUAAAUGCACUGCAUGCAGAUUAUAUACAUAUAGUUGUAUUCCUGACUGCAGAUUAAGUUCAGUGCCACGUUUGUGAAAUGGUCGUCAAUGCUGUGAGAACCUCAUCACUGAUGGAAAACAAAAUGCACAUGUAACUUGACAGGGGUUUAAAAGUUUAGAGAGUUUUGUGUGCAAUAUAAUCACUUUUAUUCCUAAUACUAAAAUCAUGUAUGUAAAGCGAUGCAAUUGACCAUUUUUUUGCACUUUGGCAUUUAUAAAUAUUUAUAUGUAUUUAAAGAUUAAGAAUAUGUGAGUGUGUGUAUACAUAUAUAUAUUGAGAAACCUGCUCAGUUUUGUAAACAUGAAUGUUACUUUUCUUUGAGAGACUUUGUAUAGUGUUAACACUACUGCAGUAUACAUAAACAGUUUAUGAAAUAUGACUAAAAAUAAGUGGUGGUCAACAUAGAUACAAUCUGUAAUCUUAACUGCUCACCUGAAAAAAAGAGGGAUCUAUGGCUAUCAAUCAGAUUAUUUACCAGAAACAUUAUGUUAAAUAUAUGAACACUGAGUAGCUGAAUGGCAUUGCAGAAAUGGAGUAUGUUUCAAACAGUUCAUUUCAUCUGUGCUCAUAUCAUUUUUCCUCAAAAAAAAAAAAAACCAAAAAACCAACCACCCUUAGAAAGAGAAGCUUGGCGUUUUUUGAAAUUCUGGAUAAGCAGCCUGUAAGUGUGCUUUGGGGAAAUACUGUGAUAUGACAAGUGUAGGUUUUUUAUUGAAAAAGACAAGAAAUGAAUGUCAAAAUUAAGGCUUUGUCUGCAUGGAUCAUACAAAAUAAACUAGUCUAAUGACUGGAAACUAGUGUUUGCAAACAGCCUUUGAAGUUUUGUAACGUUUUGGGUAAGGGUUUGCAUUUCUUUGUCAAAAUAAUGAAAAUUAAACUCAACCUUAACUAGAAAUUAACUAGUUGGUUGGUAAGUUUCAAAAACUGAUAGGAACCAGAGGGCUCUUGAUGUUUUCUUUAUCUAUUUUAAGUCCUAACAGAGCAUACAUGUUUAUUCAAAAUUCAUUAAAAAAAAAUAAAAUUAUUCUAUAUGUUUAAUUUUUUUUUCCAAAAGGAAGGAUCUUAACUACUAAAUUGGUUUCCUUUUUAGAUCUGACUGUAUUUGGCUUAUAAUUUUAAUUUUAUGAAUGAAGUAGGAUCUAGACAUUCAAAAUACAGCUUACACACCGUGUCUCCAAGAACUGCGUGAAUGACCCUUCUUUUGGCAGAAGUGCAGUCCUCUGGUUUGGUGUGUGCUGGAAGUUCAGAUGUUAAAGUGCAGACAAAUCUUUACUGAACAUAAUGCUGUUUUGGAGUACGGGUUCAGUCUUGCAGCAAUACAGUUUGUGUGGAGUGUUUCAUUUGAAUUGUGACACUUGAAAUGGAAGUACUUUAAGCGUGGUGGGGGGUAAAUGCUGAACAGCCUUCGUCUGUAUAUUCUACAUAUGUCAUAUGGAUUCUAUCAGGGCUUGAUGCUAAACUUAGUGAUACCAUAUACUGGGAACCACAUUCUUUCCUGGGUUGUGUAUUGUGUAAUUCCUGCUCAAAACUGGUUUUGAUCCAGGGACACCUGCACCCAGAUGCAGAAUUUGGACUUGUUCCUAUAGAUGAAUCUAGCGAUUUCUUUGCUUUUCCAGAGUGUCUUUGAUUAUUUUUUUUAACAUGUUGAAAUAUGACAGAAAAAGUGUAUUCUGGCUCAUUAUUUUACAUGUAUUUUAGAUUGUCUAUUACAGGAGUGAUAGUGAUGUUCUAAAAGCUUAUUACACAACUUAUCAAAUCAGUUUUAUUUUUUGCCCGCUCUGCAUGCUAAAAGAGUCUGGAGCUAAACUAAUGUUUUAAGUAAACCAUCUUUUCUCAUAUUAGUGUUGGAGGAAAGUGGAGAGAUAACUAUCGUUUCUGUUUGUGUUCUAUAAAAUGACUAUUUUUGUAGCUAAAAUUUUAGUUGUUGGAUUUCAAUCCCACAGUGUUCCUUUGUGGAUAUAAAUUUACCCAGGUCCGCUAUUUCAAACAGUAUGUGUAUAACAAGUCCAGUAUAAAACUAAACCAAUAAAAUGCACUCUUCUGCAAUUUGUUACUGAAAAUAUCACAAAUUAUUUUGGUCCAAGAAUUCAAAACAAAAUAGAGAAAAUACAUUUAACUAAGUUUUUAUUCCUUGAUGCUGCUUCUUAUUUUUUGAAAAGGUGCUUGCAGUUUUGCACAAAAGAAAUCAACUUUAUUAAUUGCUGGGUUUGAAGCACUUUAGGAUUCUUCUAAAUACAACCAGUAUAUGGUGUAAAAAGGAAUGACAUAAAAUGUUUAAUAUGUUUAAAUUUUGGUUGCAAUCUUUGCUAUUCUGAUAGAUUUGAUCAGCCUCUUCCUUUAAAUAUAAACCUGUUUUCAGAGAUUUUAAAUUAGAAUUUUUUUUUUAAUGGGCUGAAAUUUAACACGUAGUAAGAGAUCAUUUGAGAAACAUCUUGUACUCAAAUGCCUGUAGGGUGACUUGAAUAGCAAUGUGACUACCUAGCCAUCUAUUAUAUAAAGAUAGAGAAAUGUUUGUUCCUAUAGCAAGGUUAGCUAGCUAUGAGCACUAAGAUUCUUUUUCUUAAACAAAAAACUUUUUAUUAAGUUUUGGCUAUGCAUCAUAAGGUAGUUGUAUAUGCUGUGGCAAGGCCAGAACAUCUGCUUAUUGGGACUCCUCUGCAAUAGAUGCUCUAUGAAUACCACAGGAAGACAGUGUCCCUGCUCUAAAAUAUUAGUCCGAAACCCUGAUACUUUCUAGGGUGUACUUAAGCAAGUGCACGUGUAUUUGUUUCCCAGGCUAGGUCUGUAGUUCAGCACACCAUAGUUUCUUAGGAUAACAAAAGAAGAGGAGAAAGUAAUAGGGUAAGAACAACAUUUUAUGUUCACUACCUGAAACAGUAAUCAUUUUUGUUACUGAUAACAAAGCUAAUUUAAUACCCAUGAGCAUAUGCUAUUGUCUUGUCUUCUAAUGGGGAAAAACUUUUUUGAGAAACCAAGUGUGUCACUAGCUUUUCUAUGAAUUCAGAUGCUUAAAUUGGUGCUAAUUUUUUAAAAGAAAAUGUAACAGAUGGUUAGCAGUGUAUUUGUCUGUUUUUGAUACCUAUAUUUUCUUAAAUGGUGGCAAGCCAAACUUUAUAAAAUUACUAAUGUGCAUUUUCAGCUUCAUCAGAUUCCCAGAUUUUCCUGAAGAUAAAAUGUUUAAACUUUCAUGGUAGUUACAGCUUCUUUGGAGCUAUUGCUUUCAGGUGUCUUAUACACUAAUAAAAUGAACACAGUUAGGAAAGAUAGCAAUACAUAACGAUCCCUUUCUUUAAAUUACAUGACAUGUUGGGUUCCCCAGGUGAUUUUAGCAGUUUAGUGUAAUCAAGAUACCUAAUUAAGAGAAACCACAGAUAACCUGUGUGCAGUUAACUCAGUACAGUGAAGCCUUACCAGGUCAUUAAGAUAGUUUAUAAAGAUUAUACAAAUUUUCUUCUAUUUUAAAGAGGGAAUAACAAAUAGAAAUAACUAACUGUUUUCGUACAAAUUCAAAUGUUAAUUCCAGAGAAUAUAUUCUAUAGUGUACUCCAGAACACAUGCUAUUAAGGAGUAUAAUAGGCUCCUUGAGUGAUUUGUUAUGAAAUCCAGUUUUAUCUAAUGACUCAAAAUAAACCCCCUCCAAAAAUUAGUUCUUUGAGAGUUUCUUUUGAAAUGCCUUUAGGUUUUAACUCCUUUCAGAAUGCUUUGUAUGUCUUGUUUUGGCCCUCUUUCCCACCUUCUGUUUACCAAACGUCACAAAAAGUAGCAUCAAGCCCUAUCACUUGUUACAAUGUUCUGAUUUUAUGGCCUUAAUAUUAGUUAUAGUAUGGUAUAUAAUUUCAGAAGGAAGAUGUGCUUUGAAGUCUAAUUAUACAGAUACAUGUGGCCUCUUCUGCCUAUGAAAUUAGGCUUUGAUUGUCAUAUCUCAUUUUUGAUGCUUGUGCAAUAGGAACAUGUUCCUUUCAAUGCAGUGGCUAUUUUGUCUGAUGCUGGACUUUGUUUUCAGGAUGACUAGAAAGUUUUCUGGGGUUUGUUUGUUUUGGUUUUGUUUUUUUUUUUUUUUAUGGACAGUAGUCAUGCUUCCUUGUUUUUUGGAUUGAUUUUCUUUAAGGAAACUAGAAUUUCAUAAGGAAAACUGUCAAUAAUUAUUUCUGAAGUUCUAGUUAAAGCCUUGUUCUGAAGCUUUGGGGUUUUUUUCCUCCAAAAACCUUAUCGUAAAACAGUACUAAAGCCACUGUAAAAUUACAAAUAAAUAUGUAUACUUAA